CUCCAGGAGACAUGGAUGCUGUGGAACUUGCCAGGAAGCUGCAGGAGGAGGCCACAUGCUCCAUUUGCCUAGACUACUUCACAGACCCCGUGAUGACCACCUGCGGCCACAACUUCUGCCGCGAGUGCAUCCAGACAAGCUGGGAGAAGAAUAAAGGCAAGAAGGGGAGAAAGAAGCAGAAGGGCUCCUUUCCCUGCCCAGAGUGCAGGGAGGUGUCCCCCCAGAGGAACCUGCGGCCCAACCGCUUGCUCACCAAGGUGGCCGAGAUGGCACGCCAGCAUCCUGGGCUCCAUAAGCGGGACCUGUGCCAGAUGCACCAGGAGCCCCUCAAGCUGUUCUGCCAGGAGGACCAGACUCCCAUCUGUGUUGUCUGCAGGGAGGCUCGGGAGCACCGGCUGCACAGGGUGCUGCCAGUGGAGGAGGCUGUUCAGGAGUACAAGUUGAAGUUAGAGGAGGACAUGGGGUACCUUCGGGAGGAGAUGACCAAGACAGAGAAACUGCAAGCCCAGGAAGAACAGAUCUUGGCUGAAUGGCAGGACAGAGUGAAGGAGAGGAGACAGCGUAUCGUGGUGGAGUUUGAGAAGGUGGCCCUCUUUCUGGUGGAAGAAGAGCGGAGGCUCCUCCAGGCUCUGAAGGAGGAAGAGGAGGCAAUGGCGGCGAGGCUGCAGGACAGCAAGGCCUGCCUGGACCAGCAGGGCCACUCCCUUGACCUGCUGCUGAUGCAGCUGGAAGACCGAAGCCAUCGGGAGCCCCUCCAGAUGCUGCAGGACAUGAAGGAUGCCUUGGACAGGAAGAAAAACCUGAGCGUGCAGUACCCUGAGGUGGCCCUACCCACGGCGCUCAAGACUGUGUGCAGGGUUCCCGGGCAGAUAGAGAUCCUCAAAGGUUUCCAAGAGGAUGUACUGCCGGACCCCACCUCCGCAUACCCGUAUCUCCUCCUAUAUGAGAGCCGUCAGAGACGUUACCUGAGCCACCUGCCAGAGAGCAGCGCCCCCCAGAGCAAGGACAGGUUUAUGGCCUACCCUUGCGCUGUGGGCCAGAAGAGCUUCUCCUCAGGGAGGCACUACUGGGAAGUGGGCAUGAACCUCACCGGGGAUGCACUCUGGGCCCUCGGUGUGUGCAGAGACAAUGUGAGCCGCAAGGACAGGGUGCCGAAGUCCCCCGAAAAUGGGUUCUGGGUGGUGCAGCUGUCUAAGGGGAAGAAGCCCUUGUCCACAGUGCCCCCUGCACCCCCGGUCACACUCAUGGAGCCUCCCAGCUACAUGGGCAUCUUCCUGGACUUUGAGGCCGGGGAGGUGUCCUUCUAUAGUGUGAACGAUGGGUCCCACCUGCACACCUACUCCCAAGCCACCUUUCCCGGGCCCCUGCAGCCGUUCUUCUGCUUGGGGACUCCCAAAUCGGGCCAGAUGGUCAUCUCCACGGUGACUCUGUGGGUGAAAGGGUAGGCUCAGGCAUGGGGUGGGGCAGAGGUCCUGCGGGGCUACCUGGGUCUCCUCAGAAGGGUCCUUCCUUUGCUUGCCAUGGCCACCUGCCAGGCUCCUCCAUGUGACUCAGAGUCAUCCACUAUGCAAACCCUCAAAGUAUAACCAUGAUUAAAGGGGUCAAAUGUUGAGACUGCAUUGACAGAUGCUUCCAAGAGGGAACUGUGGAAAGAAAGUCAGGGCAUUUCCUAGUGACCACUGUGUAAACACCAGCACAACAGCAGUCUAGUGUGUGUGUGUGUGUAGCUGUACUUCACCCCAAAUUUACUAACUACUUGUGUCCUGGCUUCCUGGGGCCUUCUUCCACUAUGGGGUCCUUUACCGGAAAAAAGAGGGGGUAGGGGGGUGGAUUUGAGAAGGGCUGAGCCCCUAAAAAGCCUCAGCUGACCACCCUAUCCUUCUGGCCCCCUUAAGUUGCAUAA